AUGUUUUGUCUGCAGAAUCCUCAGUUUUCAGCUUUAAUUUUCGACAAGCUUCAAGUGCCUGACUACUUGCAAAAAAGCAAGAAUGAAGGAGAAAGUCGGUGUGAUGUAUGUGCAACUCACUUGAAUCAGCUGAAGCAGGAGGCCGUUCAGAUGAUCCACAAUUUCAAUCAAACCGGUUGCCCGGAAAUUCUAGAGCGCCCCCAACUUUCGGCGACCGCGGCUAGUGCCAUACCCAGGCUGUCCCCCCAGAACAUGGUUACUGUUUCAUCACAGAAGGAAUUGUUGGUGAUCGCCGGGCAGGUGGGCAGGCAGCCGGGUAAAUCAACACUUCCUCUCUUCCCUGGGAUGGAGAAGAAGAAGGGCAUCGGGUGGCCUCAAGGACCCGGGAGCUUCCCAAGCUCUAGUGUUCAAGUAACGGUGGCUCCUAGCAGCCUUGGUGGAACUUUGAGUUCAGUAACUAUUCAAGCCCAACAAUACCUUGAAGGCAUGUGGAGUAUAUCCAGAGUUAACAGCUUCCUUCCUCCAGCUUGCCAACCUGAUGCUCCAUCCACAGACGGAGGAAAGGAGAACCUGAACUCUACCAACGGCAACGUCCAGAGUUUAGAAGAUCGAGCUACGAGUUUGGUUUCGCCAGCCGUGGUGUCACCCGGAGCGUCAGCUGCAGCAUCGUUCUUCAUCAGAGCGGCGCAGAAGCUCAACUUGUCUUCGAAGCGCAAGAAGUAUCACCCGCCUCUGCCUCGUUCCAGAGAAUAUUUGACGUACUCGACAAAUUUUAGCGGGAUCCUUCAGUUAUGCCCUCCCCCGGCGCCUCCGUGUUUAAUGAGAGCUGUAUCAAAGAUCAAGGACAAUCCAGGAAUGGGAAAGGUAAAGGUGAUGGUAAGAAUUUGCCCGUCGCAAGGAUCCCACCAUACUUCAGAGUCGAUGUCUUUCUUGAAGGUAGACUCCCGGAAGAAGCAAGUGACUCUUUACGAUCCAUCUUUUUGUGGUCAAUCCAUUUUAGGCCACAGAAAAGCCGUUGUUGCUGCCCCAAAGAUAUUUGCAUUUGAUUCCGUCUUCCCUCAGGAGGCUUCGCAGGCUGAGGUCUGCUCUGGGACGGUUGCUGAAGUCAUCCAGUCAGCAGUGAACGGUGCAGAUGGCUGCGUAUUCUGCUUUGGUCCCGUAAACCUCGGCAAAACAUACACCAUGAUUGGCAAAGAUGCCUCGACACAAAGCCUCGGCAUUAUUCCCUGUGCAAUCUCCUGGCUUUUCAAGCUAAUCAGCGAACGCAAAGAAAAAACCGGAACUCGCUUCUCCAUUCGGGUUUCUGCCGUUGAGAUCUUUGGCAAAGAGGAAAACCUCAAGGAUUUAUUAGCUGAAGUAGCCACUGGAAGUCUUCAAGACGGGCAGUCACCGGGAGUGUAUCUGAGAGAGGAUCCAAUAUGUGGGACUCAGCUCCAAAACCAGAGUGAGCUGAGAGCACCGACCGCAGAAAAGGCAGCUCAGUUCCUUGAUGCCGCGAUCGCGGCAAGAAGCACAAGUCGACCUGACUGCGAGGAAGAAGAUCGACGGAAUUCGCAUAUGCUUUUCACGCUUCAUAUUUACCAGUAUCGGAUGGAAAAGAGUGGCAAAGGAGGAAUGUCUGGAGGUCGAAGCCGUCUUCAUCUGAUCGACCUAGGAAGCUGCGAGAAAGUCCUGAGCAAAAGCCGCGAGGGAGGAGGAGGACUCUCCCUAUCUCUGACCGCUCUGGGGAAUGUCAUCUUGGCUCUUGUCAAUGGAGCAAAACACAUACCUUAUAGGGAUAGCAAAUUAACUAUGCUCUUGCAAGAAUCUUUGGGGAAUAUCAACUGCCGGACGACGAUGAUUGCUCACAUCUCGGAUUCUCCGGCACAUUAUCCAGAAACGCUCACCACGGUGCAGCUUGCCUCUAGAAUUCACAGAAUGAGAAAGAAGAAAUCGAGGUAUGCAUCCAGCUCGUCUGGUGGAGAAAGCUCUUGUGAAGAAGGUCGGGUCCGGAGACCACCCCACAUAAGGCCCUUUCAUCCGAGAACGGUAGCACUUGACCCUGAUUUUCCGGCUCUGGGCAUGCAUAGUGAUCCUGAUUAUUCAUCCAGCAGCGAACAGUCCUGUGAUACGGUUAUCUAUGUUGACCCUAAUGGUGCUGCGUUAUCUGAUCGAGACCUAACAGAUAACGAAGGACCUCCAGAGUUUGUUCCCAUAAUUCCAUCGCUCCUCAAGAAAAGAAGCAAAGACAAUUUAUCAAGUAUCAAGAGCUCGGAUAACGAUCACUUCAAGUGCAACACUUUUGCUGAGCUGCAGGAGCGGUUAGAGUGCAUCGAUGGGAGCGAGGAACCUGUUAGAUUCCCAAGCGAGGGUCCAGUCUCUGGAACACCUAGCUGUAGAACCAUUAGCUGUGAUGAAAAUGGACAUUUUAAGCAGCAAAAUAUGCCACAUUCUGGAGCUAGCAAAUGGACUGCUUUGCAGGAAAUUGCAUCUCCCAAAAAGGGACAGCACAUUGAUACAACAGCUUCUUUACAGCAAAAUAGUUCAGGUUCUGAAACAAGUGCACCUCAGCCCUCUCAACAACAUGCCAAAGAUGAAAACAUAAAGUUGGAAUGCAACUCCGACAAAGAUCAACUGACAAUCAUGGAAUUGCAUAAAUCUGUUGGUCCAAGCGCUUUUGUAUCAAAGGAACAACCAAAAUUAGCUAUGGAACCUUCAGAGAAGGGGAAAAGUCUUCAGACAAGAAAGCAUCUCCCCAGCCCUGCUCCACCUCCUCCAGAACUGAGCUCUCAAACUUGCUCCUCACCAGGCGGCAGUAAUGGGGUGAGGACGCCUCCUGUUGGAAUGAGUAAUCUGAAGAGCCAAGAUAAGCACAAUUUAAUAGACAGCACAUCUCCUGCUUGCAGUAGCACUCCUAAACAGCCGGGUCCAGUAGACGUACAUAGGUUUUGCUCAGCAGUCAAGGGCAAGCAUUUUGACCGUGAUAUAUUAACUACCACUGUAACUUUGCAAAAACCUGUUGAGCUAAAUGGAGAAGAUGAACUUGUAUUCACCGUUGUAGAAGAAUUGUCCAUUGGUGGCAUGGUUGAAAGAAGAAGACCCUCCAGUAUCAUUAGCUUUAACAGUGACUGCUCUUUACAAGCCCUUGCUUCUGGCUCUAGACCAGUUAGUAUUAUAAGCAGUAUUAAUGAUGAAUUUGAUGCAUACACUUCUCAGGUGACUGCUGCUGGAGUGAAUAUCGAUAUUGUCUUUCCCCUUUCUGAGGAUCAGUGCACGGUCAGCAGCAGACGUUCAUCUGUCAGUUCUUGGCUUAGCGAAGUGAGUAUAUGUACAAUAAAAAGUGAUGGAGCCCAGACGUAUGAGACAUAUAUCCCAUACACACCUCAUAAGCGCAAUGAGGUUGUAGAGUGUCUGAACCUUGACUCGGAAAACACAACCGAUCAGAUGGGUAAGAGCCUCAAAAGCUCUCUUAAUGACAGUGGGUUCUGCUUUUCUGAAAUGGAGAGUGAAAGUGCCAGUUCUAGUCCCCUGUUUUCCAAGAAUGAGAAAAGCCUAAAUUCCUCAGACCUAACCAAAGCAUGUUCAGCUGCUUAUCCUGUAACUAACCAGCCUAAAGCUUCUAGCACCCGGGGUACUUUGUCAGGAGAGACCUUUCAUUCAAGUCUUCCUCGAAAAAAUAAAUCUACCUCAGCACAUACUAACGCAUCGUGUAGCAAAGAAAGCGUGUUUGAAGAUCCGUGGUUGGUAAGAAUGGAUGCUGAAAAUCAGCCAGUGUUUACAGAAUCUUCCAUUUUGGCCACAGACAAUCAGCUGAGACAGAACCCAAAUCUUGCACAAACUUGUAGCUGGGCUCGUAAAGCCAUGAAUUCACAAACCAUGCUGGCAUGUUCUCAACGAGUGGUAGACGGGUGUGAGGUGGACGAUAAGCCACCUUCAAAGAAGACUGAAGCCCUGACAAAAGUGCCGCAGCUCAAAAGGGGUGCCACAACCUUAGGAGUUGUAACAAACUAUAGUUCUCAAGCGUCCACCAUGAAUAAGGGUUUGUCAGAUGUUGUAUUUUCUGAUGGGAGUCUUAAAUCGUUGGGUGCUAAGAAGGUAGUAACUCAAAAAGCAAGCAUGUUGCCACGACCUGGUGGAGUAACACCUCCUGCCCCUCCUGAGAGAAAGUCAAGUCUAGACCAGAAAAACAUCCCCUUACAUGCAGAUAGCCUCAGCAAACUAGAAGGGUUGGCAAGUAAUCGGUCAUACUCAGAAGAAGACUCGGAAAUACAAUUUAGCAGCAAGUCAUACCUCAAAGGUGAUUAUUCUUUGCCUAAAGCGGCUUCAAGCUUAAAGGCUAAGUCAAACAAAACAGAAUCCGUCCAUCGGUACGGGAGUCACGUGUCUCUUGAAAGAUGUGAUAGUUUAACAUCUGUAGGUCCAAGAGCAAGUGGAACCCGUGAGAACAGUAGUUCAAGUAUUAACAAAGCAGGGAGAACGGUACCAAAACUCGGAGUUCCACCUGCGUCUUCUGCAGGCACCUCACAGCCUUCAUGUACCACGCCUGUGAAGAUGAAUCAGGCCAAAAGUUCUCUUUCUCAGAAAACAUCGACAAAUAUGAACAAAAACCGUGGCCUCUCGACAAAUGGCUCAAAGUCACUUAGUUCUUCAGUAAAGUCGCUAAAUCAAACAAACUGCAAAAAUUCUGGUAUUCCACCAAGUGGAAGAGCGGCUUCUCGAACUGUGCAGGGCACUAACAGCAAGCCAGCCAGAGGAACGAUUAUGGGCACUAAGCAAGCUUUGAGGGCAGCCAAUAACCGGGUCAACGAAUUAGCCUCUGGAAGCUCCGGUAAAAUGGGUCAUUUAAGAGGAUCAGCCGACUCAGACAGUGGGAAUGAUAGUGGCAUUAACCUGGGUGAUGAAAAGCCACAAACCCCUAUGCUACCAUCACCUUACAGCAAAAUAACAGCACCAAGGCGACCUCAAAGAUACAGCAGUGGGCACGGCAGUGAUAACAGCAGCGUUCUAAGUGGAGAGUUGCCACCGGCAAUGGGAAGGACGGCUCUGUUCUAUCACAGCGGUGGGAGCAGUGGAUAUGAGAGCAUGAUUCGUGACAGUGAAGCCACGGGAAGUGCCUCUUCUGCUCAUGACUCCAUGAGCGAAAGUGGGAUGUCUUCAUCUGGCCGGAUGAGAAGUUUGAAAUCCCCCAAGAAAAGAGGUCUUCAGAGACGAAGGCUCAUACCUGCUCCUCUGCCCGAGACUUCGACGACGGGAAGGAAGGCAAAUGUUACCGGCCAAUGGGUCGACUUGCCUCCCUUACCCGGCACUUUAAAAGAGCCAUUUGAAAUAAAGGUCUAUGAGAUUGAUGAUGUAGAAAGACUUCAGCGACGCAGGCAAGAAGAAACAGAGCCUUUCCAAGAUAUGGAAAAGGGUUUGACGUACUUCAACAACAAGCUGAAGAUUAUAGAGAGGCGCCAACAGAAAAUCAAAGACAUGAAGGCAAAGUACGAGCUGCUGAAAGAGGAGCUGGAGGAGACAAAAUUAAGACUGAUGAUGGAUCCAAAUAAAUGGAGAGGACAAUUUGAAUUGGACCCAUCUCUUGAUACAGAAUCUCAAGAGUAUCUGGAGAUGCUAGAACAAGUGACUGAGGAUCUAGAACUAUGUGUUAACAUAUGCAAGUCUCAUGUCAUGAUGGUGACCUGUUUCGAUAUUGGAGUGACCUUAGAUCAGCACGAUGGAGGAAGAGAAGUAGAAGUUUGAAAACGUGGCUAGAGUGGAGGAAUUUGUAUGGAUGAUCUUGAACCGACACAAUACGACCGUAGACUGGAGUCAACGCGUGUGAAACGCUGAUUGUGCGUUAGUUGCCUUCGAUAUGGACCUAAACAUAAAAUCUUAGGUUUCUACUCGUGUUUUGUAUUAGCUAAGAUCAAGAUAAUCCAGAAGAAAAACCCUCGUUCCUGGAGGUAGAGUAAGAAAAACCAGGUGGACAAUCGAAUGAGAAGACACGCAUGUCUGUGCAUUGUGUCAAAAUUGUACAUUGGAAUGUGAAAAUUGCAAAGAAUGUUUGUGGGUCAGUUAUCGAUGAUGAAUUGUAAUGUUUCUCAACCAGUAUGGUGCCUCUAGAACUUAACUAUACAAGAUGUUUAAGCCCAUUGCCACCAGAUAGUCAUGCAACCCAAUGCAAUGGAUAGGAGGACCCUCGGGGGAAGAAGAUUAUAGAAGAACAUGUGACGGAGAUGGGAAAAAAAAAUGAUAUUACGUGAAGUGCCUUCUUUUCAUAUGACUUUUAUUAUUUUAUUUGGUGCUAAAGUUAAAAGCCAGCAAACCCAAGCAGACACUUUAAUGUUACUGCUAUUAAUUUUUUAUACUGUACAGUUUAUGUAUAAUUAUAUGUAAAAAAAAAAAAAAAAAAAAACAUUGUAGAGGGAGCAAUAAUUUAAUUGUGUUUUCAUACCUGAAUUUGCCUUCUGAUUUCAUAGAAAAGCUGAUUUAUGCAGCAAAAUGAAACUGUAUUAUAAUUUCCCUGGCUACAAAUUUUAGAUAUUUUUAUGAACAUGUAUCUGGGUGUUUGAUAACGUUUCUCGUUAACGUUAGGUUGUUUUUUUUUUGCUUCCCAUCCUGUUCCUUUCUCAAUAAAAAAUGUCCUUAUUUUAUAUAUUUCCCCUAAAUAGUUCCUAAACAGUCUUUGGAAUACUUUUCCUGUUCGAAAAUAACGUUAAUGUUAUCUUUUGCUAAUGAUGACAAUUUUGGCAUUUUUUUAAAAAAAUUUCAUUUUUUUACAGUUUUUCUAAAGAAGGCAAAAACUCAGGAUAAAUUUCUACAUGCUGCAUGUAUCGUGUGCAUUUUUUUUUUGUAAGGGAUCGCUGAGACGCGUUCGCUGUAUGAUUGCCAAAACACUUUGGAGAAGGUCUAUGUGUGUAUUAACUGCAUUUCAUACGGAGUCAUAUUUUCAGAUCAUCUUGAUUUUAUAUGGGGUUUACAAAGCCUUUGUAUAAAUGUAUAAUAUUUUCAUUUGGCUUUCAUUUGUGAAUAAAAGAUGCAUUUAUUGUUA